AACCCUACGAUUUCCAACGCCUUCCCCCCGGCGGGCCCUUUAUACUGCGGCCUUCCCCGGGGCCACGAGCGCCCCAUUUUCCCUGCCGCAAAGAGGAUGGGGUUGCAGCGCGAGGGGCAGCAGCAGGCGAAGCGCUCCGCGCCGGCACCAGCUACCAGCUCGUCGGUUCCUCAGCCAGCAGCGCGACAGCCCAGCCAGGCGGGGAGGCGGUGCUUGGGUCCCCAAGGCGCGGAGCGGGUUGGCAGGGGCGACGGAGCGGAGGAGGAGCGAAUGGCGAACUGAGAGGGCGGCCAGCCUUUUCGCGGCUCGGGCUGCCUGGCUGGGACGGAGGCGGCUGGAGGGAGCGGCGCGGCAGCGGCGAAGGAACAGGCGGCUUCUGCAGAAUUCCCUCUUUUCCCUGCCUCGGUGGGGAGGCGCGCGGAUCCAGGCUCGGGAGAGCUGGCCGCCGAAGGUAAAGUAUGUGCAGAAUUCUACAACAAAGGUUUUAAGAAAAGUAAACAUUAUGGCAAAGCCAUCAGAAGGAAGUUCAGCAAAAAGUAACAUUCAUCCCACCUUGAAAAACUCUGCCAUUAAGUGCCAAACAGAUCCGAAAAAGAAUUAGCCGGGAAUCUAAAUCACAAUUUCUCCUGGUCUAAAUACAAAGAAACAACAAUAACAUCCCUGCACAACCACGGGUUGUGGUGCCUUUUUCAUAUUUGAGUUACAGUUGUCAUAAUUCAUAUGUAUUGCUGUGUUUAGAACUCCUUUAAUUGUAUAUACAAUAAAUCCAAAUAGCACUGGCUUGCUGUUCAUUAGAAUAACUGCUAAAAAAAUUGCCAAAAUGAGUGCAGAAGGAUACCAAUACAAAGCUUUAUAUGAUUACAAAAAAGAACGAGAAGAAGACAUUGACCUACAUUUGGGAGAUAUUUUAACUGUAAAUAAAGGUACUUUAGUUGCUCUUGGAUUCAGUGAUGGAGAAGAAGGAAAACCGGAGGAAAUUGGUUGGUUGAAUGGCUAUAAUGAAAUGACUGGGGAGAGGGGAGACUUUCCAGGAACUUACGUAGAAUAUAUUGGAAGGAAAAAAAUUUCUCCCCCUACUCCAAAACCUCGUCCGGUUCGACCACUGCCAAUGGCACCAAGUCCUGCAAGAGUCGGAACAGAGAGUGAUCAACCAGUUUUUACACUUCCAGAUCUUUGUGAGCAGUUUUCACCUCCAGAAAAUGCACCACCUCUUCUUGUGAAAUUAGUGGAAGCUAUUGAAAGAAAAGGUCUGGAAUGUUCAUCAUUGUAUAGGUCACAAGGGUCAAGCAGCAGUGUUGAAUUAAGACAAAUUUUUGAGUGUGAGGUUUCUUCAGUGGAUUUUGAUGGAAUUGAACUUCACAUUUUAACAGAUGCAUUGAAGAGGUACUUUCUCGACUUGCCAAAUCCUGUCAUUUCAGCAUCUGUUUACAAUGAAAUGAUUUCUGUAACACAAGAAGUACAGAAAUCAGAAGAAUAUGCUCAAGCACUGAAAAAAUUCAUCAGAUCUCCUAACAUACCUCAACAGUAUUGGCUCACACUCCAGUAUCUGCUUAAACAUCUCUCUAGACUUUGCCAGGUCUCUACCAAAAAUCUUUUAAAUGCAAAAUCUCUGGCUGAAAUUUUUAGCCUUUUGCUGUUCAGAUCUUCAGUAGCCAGCUCUGACAGUGAUCAACAUAUAAAAAUAUUGGAAGUGUUAAUUACAGGUGCAUUGAACGAGAGACAACCUGCACCAGCAUUGCCUCCAAAGCCUCCAAAACCUAACACUGUAACAAAUAACGGUAUGAAUAAUAACAUGUCUUUGCAAGAUGCUGAAUGGUACUGGGGAGAUAUUUCAAGGGAAGAAGUCAAUGAGAAACUUCGUGACACUGCUGAUGGUACAUUCCUGGUACGAGAUGCCUCCACCAAAAUGCAUGGUGACUACACUCUCACACUAAGGAAAGGGGGAAAUAAUAAAUUAAUCAAAAUCUUUCAUCGAGAUGGGAAAUAUGGUUUUUCGGAUCCAUUAACAUUCAGUUCUGUGGUUGAGCUAAUAAACCACUAUCGAAAUGAGUCUUUAGCUCAAUAUAAUCCAAAACUGGAUGUAAAAUUACUUUAUCCAGUAUCCAAAUAUCAACAGGAUCAAGUGGUUAAAGAAGAUAGUAUUGAAGCUGUUGGAAAGAAAUUACAUGAAUAUAAUAUUCAGUUCCAAGAAAAGAACAGAGAAUAUGACAGACUCUAUGAAGAUUAUACAAGAACAUCUCAGGAAAUUCAAAUGAAAAGAACUGCUAUUGAAGCAUUUAAUGAAACCAUAAAAAUAUUUGAAGAACAGUGCCAAACACAAGAAAGAUACAGCAAGGAAUAUAUUGAAAAGUUCAAACGGGAAGGGAAUGAAAAAGAAAUACAAAGAAUUAUGCACAACUAUGAAAAGCUGAAAUCUCGAAUCAGUGAAAUUGUGGACAGUCGACAUCGACUGGAAGAAGACCUAAAGAAGCAGGCUGCAGAAUACAGAGAAAUAGACAAACGCAUGAACAGCAUUAAGCCAGAUCUUAUACAGCUCCGAAAAACUAGAGAUCAGUACUUGAUGUGGCUGACACAGAAAGGUGUUCGGCAAAAGAAACUGAAUGAAUGGCUUGGCAAUGAAAAUUCAGAAGACCAAUAUUCUAUAGUAGAAGAUGAUGAGGAUUUGCCCCAUCAUGAUGAACGUACAUGGAAUGUUGGAAAUAUCAACAGAAGCCAAGCUGAAAAUUUGUUACGUGGGAAACGAGAUGGAACAUUCCUUGUUCGGGAAAGCAGCAAGCAGGGUUGCUAUGCCUGUUCUGUUGUUGUGGACAGUGAAGUGAAGCAUUGUGUCAUUAACAAAACACCUACUGGGUAUGGAUUUGCAGAGCCAUAUAACUUGUACAACACGCUGAAAGAACUGGUGCUACAUUAUCAGCAUACUUCAUUAGUGCAGCACAAUGACUCUCUCAAUGUCACAUUAGCCUAUCCAGUAUAUGCACAGCAAAGGCGAUGAAGAUGUUAAUCCUUUGGGGUUAUCUCUUUUUAUUAAAUACCCACAAAGUUAAUUCGGCAGUCUUGAGGCUUCUGGGUAAAGAAGGCUUAUGAGUUGGAGCUAAGGUGUCAGAGCCUUCAAAUGGAACUGAAGCUUUCUUCACAACUGCAGUGGGAGAGGUCACGGUUGAGAGCUAUGGACACACACUUCUAAUCUAAAGUGCUUUAAAAAAAACUAAGCGAAAGUAAAAAUGCAUCGAAAGAGAGAAAUGCUACACCUGUCUCCCUGCAGGGACAUAGUGGCCUUUAAUCAUGGUGCUUACUGACCAUCCCUUUGAAGUUUUACGAGCUCUAAAGUUGGAACUUUGGAGACCCCAACGUGCAGCGGGAGCCAUGUAAAUGGCAGCGGAAUUUCUCAGUCAUGACGUGGAUGAUGCGGUGUGCAGUGUGCAGUGGAUGCAGUUGCCAGCAUUGUGGAUUGCUGAUUUUCUGGUGAAUGAUAUGUAGCAGAAUGGCACUUUCAAUUUUAAGGGACACUUUAAGACUCUGACAGGGUGUUCGUUGGAGAAAUGAGCGUGGUAAUAGAAGUGCCAGGAAGUGUUUUUGUUUAGACAUUUAAAAUCUUGUUUUAAGGUAUUUAAGACUGAAGAGAACUGGACUUUUAUGACAAGCAGUAUAUAAUAUGUACAUAGUUCAGGAUGACUAUCAUAGAUGGAUACUGUCAGUACCAACUCAUUCUAUUCACUUUUUUGUUUGGAUUCCCCCCCCCCCCAAAAAAAGCCGAAUCCUUACACUGCUAUGCAAUACUUGAUUUUCUAUAGGCUUUAUUUGUUUCAUGUGUAAUUAAAGGAUAAGCUGUUUCUAUUUUUUUUUCUUAUGUCAUCUCAACAUGUUUUCAUAGCUCAUAUUUUUUUGUGUUUUCAUGUUGUCCUCUUUCCCUUCCCCCCCUCCUUUUUUUUAAAUAAAUGUACAGGAUAUUGGCAAAAGAUGGCUUCAGAAUUAAAACUAUGAACUAUUUUUAACAGGGUUUUUCCCCUUUUGGUAGCAUAUUGAGCUGCUAGCUCAAGGUUACAAUUCAAGAUUAAUUUCUCAGCUAAAUAUUUGUUGGGCAGUGCCUGAUAAGCUUAAAAGCUGCUUUAUUCAAUAAAAAUAAAUGACUAUUGCAAAAAUAUCACUUGAGUCCAACAAUAUUGUUUUAAAAAUAUCUUCACAUAAUGGUAUCCACUAUAUUUUAUUUAGUUUUUAGAUUAUUAUCUUGAUUGCGUUUAUUGGAAAGAGAUUCUACUUUGAAUGUUGCAGAUAAGCAGGUGAAAAACAUUGACUACUAAAGUACCAAAUUUAAUCCUUCAGAAUUAUUUGUCAUGUAAUUUUAAACAACCAUUUUAGACACUGCAUCAAGAUAUAUUUUGCAUCCCAUGGAAGAAUUGUUUUUCAGCUACUCUUUAAAAAUAAACAAUUAGAUAUACAUUUAGUUUUUACAUUUUAAAUGAAGGAAAGAAAAAUUAAAAAGUCACCCUAAAGAACAAAUAUAUCAGGUACCCAUGUAAUUAAGUUAAUGAAAGAAAUAUAAACCUCAGUGUUACAGUAUUUAACCAAAUUCUACAUAUCUUGACCAACACAAUAAAAAUCAUGAUGUGUUUUAUAGUUUCAUAGAUUAAUGUUAAGGAACUCUGGAAGACUUUUAUAUGGUGAAUAAGCAAAAAGAAAGUAGAUCUUAUGGAAGAGCUCUUUAUGGUUUCAAUCCCAUAGGCAAUCUGUGUUUCUAAAGAGGCAUUAAAGACUAUUCUAGAUGUAUUUUUAUUGUUAGGUAACACUAUGAAUAAAUUAGCUUUAGUCUUCUUGUUUUUAUUUACCGGUAUAUUUUAUAUUGGAAACAUUUUUUUAGAAUGUUUAGAAUUUCCUGAGAAAUAUGCAGACUUGAGACACUUCAAAAGCCAAUGGGGAUUUUACAAGCACUGGAGAGCCCAGUAGAAGUUUGUUUGUGGGCUAUAAAGCAGUAAUCCCCUGGUGUUUAGUCUCACUAAAGUCUCACUAAAUUCAGUGGAAUUACUCCCAAAAUGUACUCCAAAGGAAAUAGACUGAAAAUUGCAUUUAUUUCACGGAGCAAAGAUCAAGACAAAUUUGCCAAUUUAAUCAGUUUGUUUAUUCUUCCCACUAGAUUUUUCAAGAGGAAGGAAUCUGCAUUUUGCUCUUGUUUAUUCUUGGAAGGGCAAAUUAUGACCAGUGACUGAAUAGAAACUAAUUUACUAACAUGCACUUUGUGUGUGAGAGAGACAGAGAGAUUGAUGUGCAUCAGUGGGUCCUACACCUGAUUUGUCAUCAUCUAAUUGGCUUUAUCAGUUCUGAUUACCUCUAGGUCCCUUUGAUGGGGAAUAGAUGGGGCCUAGCUUCUGUCCUUCCAUGUUAAAACAAAAGCCAGCUGAUCAGCAGUGUUUCAUUUACCAUUUAGUGCUGUGCAUUGUUGGUAUUCUUCUGAGAACCAUACAAGUAGCCUCAGGAGCUAGGUUGAAUAUAGUGAUCAAGUCUUGAGAACUGCAUGCACAGGACCCUUGGUUACCAAUCCAACAUUCGGUACAUACACAAAAUAAUUGUUUGUGUGCAUGUCUCCCCCUCUCUGAGAAUGCAGAGAGACAAAUCCAAAACUUCUGAGCUACAACAAUAACAUAACAGGGCUUCUGAAAUAUGAACUACUAUGUUUAUACCAUGAAUACAACUACUUCAGACAAAACAAGUUAUGGAUUCUAUAACUUGAGGCUUAGUUUUGUGGUUUUGAUGUACUUCUGUAUAUGUGUUUGUGAAAGAGAGAGUGUAUAAAUGGGCCAUGUUCUGAUUGCAGUUUUCAGUGAAUCUAAAUGCAUAGUGAAACUUUUCUCCCAAUUUCCUAAGUCUCUAAAUAGCCUGGAAGGAAUUACGUUGACAGGGUCUUUCAAGGCUUAGUUAUUAUUCAUGUUAAUGAUUACUCUUAAGAAUUCUGUAAACUUAUUUUUCAUGUUAAAUGAAAUAAAAAUCAUAGGAGAUUUUAAUUCAAUUCAGAAAAUUAAAUUUUUAUUUUAUAAAUGAUACUUGAAUAAAGAGAAAGUUUGCUGUACGUGCAAUUCUCAUAUUAAAGUCAGCAUAUUUUAACUUCUCUUUUAUUGAAAAGAAACAUGCAAACUGAUAUAUCUUCAAAUUAAAGCUUCACUGAAAAAAAGAUUGAUGAUAUAUGGGUGUAUGCAGGCUAGACUGGGUAAUAAAAGAAAAAAAAUCCAGUGGCAAACUAUUUUGGCAAAUGUCCAAAUUAUUGUCAAGAAAGUUAUAUAUGGUGGAGUUCAGAAAAUCAAGCUGGUUUCAUUGGAGACUUGACCUUAUCUUAUUUAAAAGGUAUAUGGAGCUUGGAAAAGAUCAUGUUUCUAGAAUUUGUUUUAAUGUGUAAAGCCAAAUCUUAUGUUUCAGUGUCAGCUGUUAUGUAGAAAAAGUUGCUUUGUCUUGUAGUUAACAAUGAGUUAUGAUGCUUGGGGAAAAUAUCAUUGUGAUGUUUUUCACUGGGGAGAAAAUCAGUUAGAUUUAACACACUGCUUUUGCUAUGCAUGGUAUUCAUUUGAGAAAGCAAUUCCAAUUGUGACUUUUAUUCAGGAUUGCUUUUGAAAUGGGCAAUUCCAAGCACAAUGCCUCCCAUGGGACAUGGCUCAAAAUAUAAUAUUUUUAGUUUUUGUACAAAACAAUUUUAGUAAAAACUGAUGAAAACAGGUCACAUACAAAAUUAGGGAAGAGCUACAGUGCCAUUUGUCCCUAUGAGACUGCAUUAGCUGCCCAAAAUGCUGCUAUUUUUAUUCUUAGUUUCUCCCCUUAAAAAAUAAGCUCUAUUUUGUUAAAUGUCUUUAAAACAUUAAAAACAUUUCUAUUUUUUUUUAGGGAGGCAGAGGCUAAAUGGAUGUUGCACAUUGUCUUUAAAAGACAAUAUUAACAAAUGCGCCUCCUAAAAAAGUGUUGUUGGCUUUCUGAAAUUGAUGGAGCUGUGUCCUGUUUUUAAGUUGCUUUAAAAAUUGUACUAGGUCUUCAACAUGAAUAAAGAUUGUUUUGAAACUGCA